AUGAGCCUCCGCCUGCCUCUCUGGGGAGGCAAAUUCGCCACCAUCAUCAGCGCCUACGCUCCGAUGAUGACCAACCCCGACGCAGCAAGAGACAAAUUCUACGAGGACCUGCACGCCCUCUUGGCGACUGUGUCGAAGGCGGACAAGUUGAUUGUCCUUGGUGACUUCAUCGCCCGCGUUGGCACAGACCAUACUGCCUGGAGAGGAGUGCUGGGUCCCCACGGUCUCCGCGGCUCAAACGACAAUGGUCUGCUGCUUCUCCGCACCUGCGCAGAACACCGCCUCAUCCUGACGAACACGUUCUUCUGUCUGCCGGAGCGAGAGAAGGCCACCUGGAGUCAUCCUCGGUCGCGUCAGUGGCACCUGUUGGACUAUGUCCUCGUCCGGAGUCGAGAUCAGCGGGACGUGCUGGUGACAAGGGCGAUUGCGGGUGCUGAAGGGUGGACCGACCAUCGCCUCGUCAUCUCGAAGAUGCGUAUUCGCCUACAGCCUCGCAGGAGACCACAAGGUAAGCGAUCCCCAGGUAAGCUGAAUGUUGCCUUGUUGUCUGUGCCCGCUCACCAUCUUCAUUUCAGCAAUGAGCUAGCUCAACGGCUAGACAACCUUCCUAUCGCUGCCGCCGCCGAUGCUGCCGCUGCCGAGAAGGCCUCCGUGGAGAACCGCUGGUGUCAACUGCGAGACACGGUCCAGUCGACGGCGCUCGCCGUCCUCGGUCGCGCACGCCGUCAACACCAGGACUGGUUCGACGACAACGACGCCGCCAUCAGCAAUCUGCUCGCCGAGAAGAACCGCCUACACAAAGCCUACGUAGACCACCCCACUGACGACAACAGAGUAGCCUUUUGUCGCAGUCGCCGCCACCUUCAUCAACGACUGCGCGAGAUGCAGGACGCCUGGACUGCUCGCAAAGCUGAGGAGAUCCAAGGGUACGAGGACCGCAACGAGUGGAAGAACUUCUUCUCUGCGAUCAAAGAUGUCUACGGUCCGCCGACGAAGGGCACUGCUCCUCUCCUCAGCGCCGACGGCAACACUCUCCUGACUGAGAAGACCCAAAUCCUACAGCGAUGGGCCGAGCAUUUCCGAGGCGUCCUCAACCGACCCUCCGUCAUCUCCGACGCCGCCAUCGAGCGUUUGCCACAAGUGGAGACCAACGUGGACCUCGACCUCCCGCCAUCUCUCCAGGAGACCAUCAGGGCCGUGCAGCAGCUCUCCAGCGGGGAAGCACCCGGAUCGGACGCAAGCCCUGCUGAGGUCUACAAGCAUGGAGGUCCCCAACUGAUGGAUCACCUGACUGCGCUCUUCCAAGAGAUGUGGCGUCAAGGUAAAGUCCCGCAAGAUUUCAAAGACGCAACCAUCGUGCACCUCUACAAGCGCAAAGGGAAUCGCAAAGUCUGCGACAAUCACCGCGGCAUCUUCUUGCUGAACAUCGCCGGGAAGAUCUUCACCCGCAUCCUUCUCAACCGCCUCAAUAACCACCUGGAACAGGGCCUUCUGCCGGAAAGCCAAUGCGGCUUCCGUCGUCAUCGUGGGACCACGGACACGAUCUUUGCCGCUCGUCAAUUUCAGGAGAAGUGCCAGGAGAUGCGACCCACCUGUACUCUACCUUCGUGGACCUAA